AUUUAGCAUUCAAAUUAUUCUGCCAGACGUAAUGAUUAUUUAUUCUCAUUGUUUUGAAUUAGCCAUACAUUAUCUCAUAGCUUUGAGAUUUUGAUGAUGCGAUUGUAUAUUUUUAGUAUGACAUUGUCGAGUAGAUGUAAGAGACCAAAUCUGGCCAAAUUGAGCAUAAAACAGGUAGAAUAUUUGGAUUGGAUAUGGCCAGUUUAAAUGCUAAAGAAAGUUUGUAUCACAGAAUCAGAGUGGUCUCAGGUGUGUUGGCAUCACAGGGGUUCAUAUUUAUAUUUAGACUAAGCUUUGUUUGGUUUGAUUGAUUUCUGAUUGUUAUCAGUUGUCUAAUUUCUGGAUAGUCAGAAUGGAUUCAAAGGAGGAAUUUUUAUUUUGUAACAAAGAAAAGCAAUGUCAUCUUAUCCACUCAGCCACUAAUGGAUGCAUAUCACAGACACUAUGACUUUUCUGUACUUAAAUACGGGUCAGAUGGAAUUUAUUGAGGUAGAUUUUCUCUAGUUAGAUGUCUUCUCCCAAACCUCUCUUGUUUCCAAGCAAGGUUUUCUGUGGCCAGGCACAAUUUCCGCAGGAGACUGGAAAUGAAUAACUCCUGUAUGAUAGUGGCACACAUUUACAGCCAUCAUGUAAUGUCAAGACAAAGUCUCCCCCAUCCCCCACAUGUAGUGGGCUUCUUUCAGUUUCCAUCCCCCAAAUUUGCAGAACAAGGUUUUGGUUGGCCUGGAGCCAGGUACUAUAUUGUGGGACUGAACCUGAGACCACAUGCUCCACAGAUACACACCCAUUUCUGUUCCUAGUAGCUGUGCCUGUGGCUAAUAGCCAUGUCUGCACCUUUGUUUUACUUAAUUUCAUUUUAAGGCAAUAAAUACUUUUCUGGUGAAAAUUAGUAUAAAUUUUAACAUUUUGUAUAAACACCAAAGAAAAUGCUAUAAACUAAAUAAUAAUUAUUGUAUGUAGGUUAUAUUUCCUGAUGUUAUCUGUGGUCACAAAAGUAUACUUCCAAAGUUACUUGUCAUAUGAUGGGUAACACUCUCGUUUGUAUAUUUAUCACGUGUAUACAUUUAUACCUCACAUCUGUUAUUAAAUCUUCCUAAACACCCACAUAGAAAACUGGUACUUACCGCAAGUAAAUUAUGAUACCUGUGCAUACUUUGCACAUAAAACUCAAUGAAAAUUGCUGCAAUUAGGAUGAGAUCAAUAAAAAAAGUGUGGAAAAAUAACUUAUGGGAUGGUGACAACAAAAAGAACAAUGAGCCACAAAGCAUGCUACAUAAACAGGAAACUCCCACCCUCAGCUGUCAUAUAAUAUACUUGUGUGUGUGCUUACAUUUUUAGCUUAUCUCUGAUUGUAAUUAAUUAUGUUUUUUUUCUCAUGCGGUAUAUUUUCUUCUUUACUCCAAAGGUUGGACUGCUGCGUUGAGUCGUAUUAAAACUCCCGAGAACCUUGUUGAGAAAACCCCACUCAAUGCCCUUCGAGGUCAGAUUCAGCACAUGCUACAGCGCAGUCCCCAAACUAGCAACGUAGAUAUGUCACCAGGUUCUCAUUCCGACAUGAGUUCACACAGUUGGCCAGACAUGGCAAAGAACGGCACACCGCCACCACGACCUGCAAGUUCUGAUUGGUCCAAAGCCGAUCGACGGAAGUUAAAAAAAUACAGUGAGGAUAUACCUUCAUGGUUGUCGACAGAUUUCAAGAGUAACUUUCGGAUGUCGUCUGUGACGUUUUGGAAAGUGUUCAGCUACCUGCGUACGUGUCCUGAAGCAAUUGAGAUGGCACGAGGGAGCCAACCAGAGACCUUGGAAAAAAGUUUGUUAUCUGUUCUAUGGUAUAUGGGUUCCCAAGAUACUUUGUCAGAAAUCUGUCAACGUUUUUCAAUCACUGAAGAGUCUUUUCUUAAUCGCCGUAGUAAAAUAAUGAAAGCUCUUCUUUCUAAGUCAAAAGAGAAUCUCAUACGAUGGCCUGAGAAAGACGCUGAUAAGCAGAUUAUAUCACAAGAAUUUGAGACUCUGAGUAAUUUAAAGAAUGUCAUUGGUGUUUUGGACACCACACACAUUCAGGUGAAAGCUUUAGACAAUGAUAGGGAGAAGUUUUACAAUAAAAACGGGUACUACUCGGUGAAGUUAAUUGCUGCCUGCCAGCGGGAUAUGAGGUUUAUAUUCUGUUCAACUGGACACGCUGGUCGUCUCCAUGACUUUCAAACUCUCAUUGAUAGCCACCUUCUGGAGCGUGGUGCACACUUGUGCAACUCGCACCAUUUGGUUGGUGAUGCUGCCUUCCCUCUGUUCGAUUGGUUGAUCACACCUUACACCUCCGAGUCAAAGACAGACGCUCAACAGUAUUACAACAGUUGCCUGAUGACUGUCCAGAAAGUCAUUACGCGCGCCUUCGGCUUGCUCCAUGGACGGUUCCGCAGACUGAAGGUCAUUGAGUCCACGAAUCUCAGCACCAUUGUGGAUAUAAUUCACUUAGCGUGUGUUCUACAUAACUUCUGUAUUGGCUGUGAUGACAUUGGUGAAGAGUACAUGGUAUAUGAAGUCGAAGACGAAGGGGAUGAUUCCCUACCGGUGACCAACUUGCCCCCACUCCCCGACAGCGUCAAGAUUAAGAGAGACAUUAUUUGCCGGAAUCUUUCUAUAGGAAGACACCGUUAAUUAUUUGGUGUUGGGCUAUGGCAGCAUUUUAAAGACAUUUGCAUAUGUGUAUGUGUGUGCGUAUGUCUGGGUGUGGGUAUAAUAUAUAUAUAUGUGUAUAUAGAUGUGUAUGUUUAAGUGAUUUUUCUGUGUGUAUGUUUAUUAUCUAUGUCUAUAUAUUUUAGUUGACUUUUACAGGAGCUGCUUUAGCUAGGAAUAAUUUCAGACACAUCAAAUUAGCGGAACAGGUCAAAAUGAAGAGUUAUAGCUCAAUUAAGAACGGAAUUAGAUUAGACGAGCUCCAGUUUGGUUUUGUGCCAGGGAGAGGUACCACUGAUGCCAUCUUUCUAGUAAGACAAUUACAAGUGAAUUAUUUAGCUAAAAGUAAGCCACUAUAUUUGGCAUUCAUCCACCUGGAGGAGCCUUUGACAGAACCCUUUGUUCUGUGAUCUGGUGCUCUCUGAGGAAGCUAGCUUGUGAAAGCCAUACAUGCCAUGUACUGGCAUGUAUAUAUUGGGGUACUGUUAGUAAGGUGAGAUUUAGCAUUGGGUACAGUGAUGAUAUUCAAUGAAUCUGUAGUAGAAAUAGAAAAGGAAUUCUAGGUGUAGAAGCAAAAUCUGGAAUCAAAGGGCCUUAAGAUUAACUAGCAAAAACCAAAGUUCUAGUUGCUAGGAAGAUAGACAGGACCCUAUUCCCUCUCUUGGUAACAAAAGGUCUCUUUCAGAGUCAAAGGAAGAUUGUAUGAUGCUUGUGUGCAGCAGUGGUUGCUCCAUGAUAGUGAGAUGCGGGCCCUGAAUGCAGAAGGUAUGUGAAGUCCAGAGAGGAAUGAAGCUAAUAUACUCUGUUGGAUGUGUAAUAAUAUCAGUGUGCAUGUAUGACAAAGUGCAAAUGUGUUGAGGGGGCAAAAAAAAAAAGGCAUUAAAGGAGUUAGGUGUAACAUGCAAGAGAGAAAACUGCACUGGGUUGGCUGUGUGAUGUGAAUGGAUGAGGACAGCUAUGUAAAGAAGUGCUGAUCAGUACUUAAGGGAUCAGCACUUAAAAUGGAUGUAACUUAUGGAAGAGGGAGACCCUAAAAGACAUUAAGCUAAAUAGUGAAGGUUUAGCUCAGGAUGUUGAGCUUCAUGGAGGAAAUGACAAAAGGAUGAAGAUGAUUGGCGAUUCUCUGUGCUUGGGAAGACCCUUUCGUCACGUUGAAAGUCAGGUCAUAAAAGCAUUAUGUUAAUACCUAUACAUGCUGGGUCCUGCCCCUACUUGCAAUCUUCCUCCAUCAAGCAUUCUUCACAUCUCUUAUUCCUUUGGUACUCAGCAGCUGUAACCAUUUGAGGGCCACCAUUUGCCUCCUUUGCAUCUGGAACCACUUGGCUAUUAGUAUCUGUUCCUUAUUCUCAUUAACAUCCUUCCCCCAUGCUAUUUUCCACCUUUCCACUGUUCAUCCCCUUUCUGUGCCUUUUGUUAACUUUCCCUUUUUCUCUGAGCUACAUCUUGGGCCUGCCAUACCUCAUCUUUAGCACUUUUCGUUUCUUCUAUCUUUCUCAUGCACCCUCUUGUUACCUGUCACCAAUGCCCCUUCCCCACUGUCACCCAGUUCACUGCAGCUACUCUCAUGUACAUCUGAUCACUAUCUCUGUCACUGUACGCCUCCCUCUAAACACUCUGUACAUCAUACCACUACUUUCUGAGGCUAUGACAAGUCACCUCCUUCUUGAGCCACUUUUAUAUCUCUCACCCUAUCUCUGUAUCAUCAAUCUUAUUCACCCUCAUUCAUUACUCACUACAUUCACCCUUACCUCUGUCUCUAUCAUCUGUUACUUUUCUCUCACACUCAUAUGAAAUCGCCCACUCUUUCCUUCACCCCUAAUCUGUCUGUACUCUUCUUUAUAUUCAUCUUGUACUUUGAAAGUAUAUUCUGACACCCUGUCAUCACCAUCUUUAUCUUCUUUCCAGUUACUUCCACCCACCUUCAUAUCAUGCAGGGUAGCCAUGUGUCUCAUCUGUAGCAAGACUUCUGCUUGUCCCUCUAUCAUACUUUAGUCUUUCAACAGCUGGCAUAAAACCACUUCCUUUCUCUCAAAUAGACUCCUACUCUGUAGAGUGUGGGUGGGGGCUCUUCUAUUCUAGUAAGUUACUUGGUAAUUUCCCCAGUGCUGGUGUUGUUGGAAAAAGCACCGAGUACACCCUGUAAAGUGGUUGGCUCUAGAAAGGGCAUCUGUCUGUAGGAACCAUGCUAAAGCUGAUAUUGGAGCUCAAUGCAGUCUUGAAGCUCGUUAGAUUCUGUCAAACUGUCCAACCCAUGCUAGCAUGGAAAAGGGACGUUAAAAUGGUGAUGGUGAUAUAAAUAUAUAAACAUAAAUAUGCACACACACACAUACACACCAUACAUGCAAAUAUACAUAUAUAUUUAUGUAUAUAGAUAUAUAGGGUAUCUAGUGUAUAUAUGUAUGUGUAUGUAUAAAAUUUGAAUACAUGACGGUAAACUAAUCUGUACAAUAUUAGUAUACUAAAAAUAAAGAAAAAAAAUAAAUGAAUAAAA